AUGGGCGGCCGCCGCCUGGGCGCGCUCUGGAGCCUGGCCAUCCUGGCCAGCUGCGUCGCAGCCGGGGAGCGCGGCGGCGCGGCGGAGGGGAGCAGCCCGCCACCCCCCGGCACCCCCUCGCAGGGGCGGGGAGGCAACGCGUCGCGGCCCCUCGCCCCCCGCCACCCCCCGUGCCCCCGGCGGCCGGCCAUCCAGCAGUCCUUCAAGUACGUCAACACGCUGGUGGCCGGCGCGGUCUUCGUGCUGGGCCUCGUGGGCAACGCCACGCUGCUGAGGAUCAUCUACAAGAACAAGUGCAUGCGGAACGGGCCCAACGUCCUCAUCGCCAGCCUGGCCCUGGGCGACCUGCUCCACAUCCUCCUCGACAUCCCCGUCCACCUGUACAGGCUCCAUUCUGGAGGAAACUGGCCGUUUGGAGCAGAAAUAUGUAAACUGGUCCCCUUCAUCCAGAAGACAUCAGUGGGCAUCACAGUGUUAAGUUUAUGUGCUCUCAGUAUUGACAGGUAUCGGGCUGUAGCUUCCUGGAGCCGUAUCAAGGGAAUUGGAGUGCCCAAGUGGACAGCUGUAGAAAUCGUAUUGAUCUGGACCGCGUCUCUUGUCCUAGCCGUUCCUGAAGCGAUAGGCUUCGAUAUGAUUGUUAUCGAAUACAGAGGAGAGAACAUUCGGACCUGUCUGCUAAAUCCCCGGCAAAAAACACCUUUCAUGCAGUUCUACAAGGAAACUAAAGAUUGGUGGCUGUUUAGCUUUUAUUUCUGUUUGCCGCUGGCAAUCACCGCCAUCUUCUAUACCUUGAUGACCUGCGAGAUGCUAAGAAAGAAGAGUGGGAUGCAGAUUGCUUUAAAUGACCACUUAAAACAAAGACGAGAAGUGGCCAAAACCGUGUUCUGCUUAGUGCUCGUUUUCGCGUUGUGUUGGCUCCCCCUUCACCUUAGUAGAAUAUUGAAGCUCACCGUUUACAAUGACAGUGACCCCAAUAGAUGUGAAUUCUUGAGCUUUUUGCUGGUCAUGGACUACAUUGGUAUUAACAUGGCAUCUCUGAAUUCCUGCAUUAAUCCUAUCGCUCUCUAUUUUGUAAGCAAAAGAUUCAAGAACUGCUUUAAGUUGUGCCUGUGUUGCUGGUGUCAGUCCAAAGAUAUGCUGUCCUUGGAAGAGAAACAGUCCUGCCUAAAGUUCAGAGCUAAUGAUCACGGAUACGACAAUUUCCGCUCCAGUAACAAGUACAGCUCAUCUUAAAGGAGACGGCGUUACCCUCAGCUCGUGUGCGCG